UCCUUUCUCAAAAAGUAGCCGCCUACUGAGUUAUAAAGGCAAGAUCUCACAUGCAAGAGCUUCAGUACGUGCAAAGCAAGAUCAUCCUGAGUUUGCUUGUUUUAGUAAAGUCGAUUUAAAAUGGAUCCAAUUACACUUAUUGGAGCUGGUGUAGGAGCAGUCGCAACAGUCGUUGCAGCUCCUGCUGUUCUAGCAGCGGCAGGUUUCACCGCAGGUGGAAUUGCUGCAGGUUCUGUGGCCUCCUCUUUGAUGUCAGCUGCUGCUGUUGCUAACGGAGGAGGGGUUGCAGCUGGAUCCGUGGUGGCAGCUCUUCAAGCCGCUGGUGCUGCUGGAAUCCCUUUGGCAGGUCAAGCCAUCGCAGGGGUUGUGGGAGCCGCUGUGGGUGCUGCUGCCAGCGUGGCUAGCAACUGUACUGUGUAACUAGUUCAUUUUAUUGUAUCAGUGCUAUAUAUCUAUCUCUAUUUCUCUAUAUCAACGUCACUUAGAAUGUUUUGCUGUAUCAGUAGCUCUAGGUUUAGGUGUGUAUGAGUCAUACACACCUGCAUUAAGGGUGCUGUUAGCAUUGACAAUAGAAGAAUAAUAAAAAAAAACAUAUUAACUCUCUCUGUCAUUUCUCUAGCUAUCAUAAACCAAUUUUGUGUAAUUCACUGUUAUAUGAGUUACUCUAACUGUCAUUAGGGAGUUUUGCUGAAUAAUGAAAAGGGUUUCUCCGAUUUCCGCACAAGAGGAACAUUUUGGAACCAUAGGCACUAUUUUUCAUGUGGUCAGCAAACUUAUAUAAGCUAUAAGAGAGGUUCUCCGAAUGGGUUCUCCACCACGUGUUUCCUACAGGGUAUGGCUUUCCAAAGGUUUAAAAGGCUUUUGCAAGCACCUUGCACCAAGCACCUUUUGUUUUAAAUGAAAGCUUUGUCUAUCUGUAUAUCUGUCUCACUAAAUUACAGGGUUCUUCUAUGUAACAUCACAAUUACAAAUCAAUAAGUGAUGUUAAAUGGGUCUCUAACUUUUCAAUAUUUUUUAACCUUAUUUCUGACUCAUAUUUAGUUAUUAACCAAAAUAGUGUGUUUUCAAGUGUCUGCAAUAGAAUAUGCACAUUUUUAUAUAAGCAUGGCUUUAUUCACAUUACUGACAGAUUUUGAUAACUGAAUGGAUGAUUUUGCGUGUAAUGGCUCACAUGAUGACAGAAUGUUUAGAGGUUGUGAAGAACAUGAUUUCACUGAGAAUCAGUUAGUUUGGAUGGGUAAGCUAUAUGUGCAUUUAGCUAUGCAAAUAGUAGAAAAUUGUACUUGCAUGUGUCAAAACACAUGCAAUUUACUUGAAUAAGAAUUUCAAAUCUCAAUUUCAAAACAAAACAAAUUGUUAAAAUUAUUGAGAAAAAUAAUCUAAUUUGAGAAUUGAGCCAAAGUGAUUAAGGAAUUUAUGUUUACAGGUUUGUUCAGUAUAUGUAACUGGUUCAAAUCUGUACUUUUUCCGGUUUAUCAAAUAAAUCAUACUUUUCAUUA